UAACGUUAAAUUCCAAACAGUAGAUUUUAUUUCUAAAAUCCAUAAACUCCAGAUCUUUUUCCAAUUCCACAUUUGUUCCAAUCUCCAGGGCUUGUAUCUUCCCUUUAUUUUUUCUUUUCUCAUCUCUGAUCUCAUUCUCCUCUCUCACAGGAUCCCCUACUUCUUUAAGCUCCUGCGUCAUUUUGCUCAGUUCAGUUUUCAGCUCCUUACUACCCUGUCGCAGGGUUUGUUUCGUUAUCUCAAUCUCAUCCAUUAUUUUCUGAAACAUAGUUACUUCCAGAUUCUCAGCCACUUUCUUGAUUGCCAUUUUUAAAACCACGAAAACAAAGCAAAACAAAAAUAAAGAAGAACCACUUCUUAUUUCAGCAACAAUUGGGUUAAUAUUCCAGGCUUGAUGACAUCACAGUAUAAACAGAGCAGCCUGCCUUAUCUCUCUAUGUUCAAGAAUGCAAAACAAAUUUAGUUCCCAGCAUCAAAACAGUUAGUGGCGUCGUGAAGAAGCAGAUUUGUCAAAAUAAAAUAGACCAAAAAGAGAAUAGUCCCAGACAAUAUAAUAUUCCUCGGAAUAGAAAUCAGGAAUAGAAAUCCCUCUUCUAUUUAUAUCUUUAGAAUGCACUUCCAGGACAGCUUUUUGCGACAGAAACAGAGAUAGGCUGUUAAUUUCAUGAAUAACAGAGAAGAGUUAUAGCUCACCCAGAAGUUGUCCAAAGCCGAUCAAUCUGACAAAUCUCCUUUUGCUGCAACAAUUUAGACCAAGUAAAAAAAAUAAUAGAAAGAAGGGUGCUUGCCUGUUAGUCCGUUCUCUCUUUAAAGAAAAGAUAAACGUAUCGCUUAAAUAGAUAGAGCUUGUUCGGAAGUCCGUCCGGCAUUGUUAGCUGGACCUUAUCUCAUAAAUUAAUGAAAUCCAGUCCUCCCAACAAAAACAGGCUUUUGAGGUUGAUCUCUACGUUUCUCCCUGCCCGGGAGAAAUUUCAUCAGUCAAAAAAAAAAGUUCUGACUGAUUUAUAUCUGAAUAAGCUUCUUUUGAGGCGGGAGCCCGUCCCAAAAGCAGGCACAAGCGAAGUCACCCUUCCCGGAAGUCUCUGCGCACUCCUUUUUCAAGGCUGAGCUUGGCUGACCAAUGCCGUAUUAAAGAGCUCGGGCCUGACCGUCCCGAUCUAUGCAUUGCACAAACUGUGGCGGAGAAAGGAAGGGAGAUUACACGACGGUUUAGCAGAGUCUGGUAUGACAGAAGGAAGUGGCUAUGUGGGAGCACCUUAAAAAAUGCAUUUUUAUGCUUUCCCUGUUUGCUUCUUGGGGGUGACGUUAUCUGGACACGGAUUGGAGUGGCAGACUUGAAGCAUCUCUCUGAAAGGGCUAAGAAGCAUGAGGGGCGUGCGAGACACAUGGAGAAUUGCCUGAAGCUCGCAAUGUUGGGCAGUGUCAACAUUGCUAAACCGAUGGACACCAGCUACCACGCACACAUCAGAAAGCAUAACCGGGAAGUGGAGAACAACAGGCUAAUGCCUCAUGUGGAUAAUCUCUGCAGUGAAAUCCAGAUAAGAGCUAUGGACUCUGCAGCCAUUUGGAGAGCUAUCGCUGAUUUUGCUGGAAGCAUCAAGGAAGUCAGAGAUUCUAUUAAUGGCUUGUUUCCAGAGUUACCUGAGCAAUCUCGGCUGCCCAGCGGCAAAAGCAAGGAAACCCUGGAUCAGCUUGCGGAAGAGGUUUGUGACAUCAUAACUUCCUAUGCCGUAGAACGAUUUGAAUUGACCAAACACCUUGUAAGUGCCACAUUGGUUCAAAAGAGUUUGUUUGUAGCUCGAAAGUCACGGUUUCCAGUGGAAGCCCUGAAGGAAGCAACAGAAGCCUACCUGAUGCUGAAAAAAGACAGACUGAAGAUGGAGCUUUCUAUCUUGUACAAGAGGAAAAUGCUCCUCCAAAUCCAGGAUGUUUCAACACUGUUGUCCGCACUUUUAGACAAGGGCCUGUCAACCUGUUUUUCAGAAACGGUGAAGUUGUUGAGAAUUACAGCGACCACUCUGACUCCUGCAGAAACCGAGCGAGCAUCCUCCACUCUGAAGAAAUUAAAAGCUUUUCAGAAAAAUACUGUGUCGGAAGACAGGCUCAGCGCAUUAGCCAUGCUCUCCGUCGAACAGCAGCUGAUUAAAGACAUCCCGGACUUUAAUCAUAGGACAAUUGAACUCUUUUCGAGCCGGAAAGAGCAUCAGGCUAACUUUGCCUAUAUGCAGUAGGUGAAAAAGAAGAAGGAUAAAGACCAGGAAGGGAGAAAGCCGUCGGUCAGCAUCCCAGAAGAUCUGAGAAGCGAGCAGGAUCUGUCUUUCUGUGCGCUCACGUCAUGCGUCAGUGUGAUUUGGACAUGUACCCGUGGUGUCACUCUCUCCCUAACCCUGCCCUUCGUCACCCUGGAAUGAGGCUGGGAGCAUACGGAGGCCUGGCAAGGAACCCUUUUUCCCAGGAAAGACUUCAGCACCGCAGGACAGUUCCUUCACUGAACUGUGUUGUUGGGAGCCCUCUUCUCUACCCUGCCAGCCACAGUGGGCAGCGCUUGUAUAUUAUUAUUUAUUAUAUUUGUUCAUUGCUUUUUACAAAACAUCUCGAAGUGACUUGCCUAUUUACAUAAAAUGUCUCAAAGCGACUUACCUGUGACUGCUCAUCCUCCAGUGAACUUGUUGAUCUUUAAGGCUGGCCUCAAAACAGAAUGAAAGACUGGUAUGAUGCAAUGAAUGUGAGAAAAGCUUCAUAGAUACCUGUGUAUUCCUGUGGCGCGAAGACACAUGAGGCCAUGAUGGAUGUCUGCAGAGGAGGGGGGG